AUGGCACACGCACUGCUUGCACAACCAGGACCCGAUUGCUUCUUCCGAUUCACUCAGGAGUCACUUGCAGCAAUUGAGCAAAGGAUCACUGAGGAAAAAGCCAAACAAAAAGUAGAUCAAGAGCAAAAGGAGGAGGACCACGAUGAAAACAAGCCAAAGCCAAAUACUGACUUGGAAGCAGGGAAGCCGUUGCCUUUUAUUUAUGGAGACAUUCCUCCUCACUUCGUGUCUGAGCCCUUGGAAGACCUGGACCCUUAUUAUGCAAAUAAAAAAACAUUUAUAGUAUUGAAUAAAGGGAAGAAUAUCUUCAGAUUCAGUGCCACACCUGCCUUAUACAUGCUGAGUCCUUUCAGUACCCUUAGAAGAAUUUCUAUAAAAAUUUUAGUUCAUUCAUUAUUCAGCAUCUUUAUUAUGUGUACUAUUCUCACAAAUUGUGUAUUCAUGACUUUGAAAGAACCUCCUGACUGGUCAAAGAUGGUAGAAUACACAUUCACCGGAAUAUAUACAUUCGAAUCCCUCAUUAAAAUUUUUGCAAGAGGUUUCUGUAUAGAUAAGUUUACUUUCCUUCGAGAUCCUUGGAAUUGGCUUGAUUUUCUUGUAAUUUCAUUUGCGUAUCUAACAGAAUUUGUAAACCUAGGCAAUGUUUCAGCUCUUCGAACUUUCAGAGUAUUGAGAGCUUUGAAAACUAUUUCUGUAAUUCCAGGCCUGAAGACAAUUGUAGGCGCCCUCAUUCAGUCAGUGAAGAAGCUUUCAGAUGUUAUGAUCUUGACUCUGUUUUGUCUGAGUGUGUUUGCACUAAUAGGAUUGCAGUUGUUCAUGGGUCACUUGAAGCAUAAAUGCUUGUUUUGGCCCCUGAGUAACACUUCUUAUGAAGAUCCACACUUCAAGGAAUACUACAAUGGAACUGAGCUCAUGUGGUCUAAAUAUGUUGAAAAUAAAGAACACUUUUACUUCUUGGAAGGUGCAAAGGAUGCCUUGCUAUGUGGUAAUAACUCAGAUGCUGGGCAGUGUCCAGAAGGAUAUACGUGUGUACCAAUUGGUAGAAACCCGGACUACGGCUAUACAAGCUUUGAUAGCUUUAGUUGGGCUUUCUUGUCACUCUUUCGGCUGAUGACUCAGGAUUACUGGGAAAACCUUUAUCAACAGACAUUGCGGGCUGCUGGCAAAGGAUAUAUGUUCUUUUUCGUUGUGGUGAUUUUCCUGGGCUCUUUCUACCUUAUCAACCUGAUCUUGGCAGUAGUAGCUAUGGCCUACGAUGAGCAAAAUCAAGCUACUAUUGAGGAAGCUCGGCGAAAAGAGACAGAGUAUCAACAAAUGCUUGAGCAUCUGAAAAGGCAACAAGAGGAAGCUCAGGCACUGGUGGCAGCAGCGGCUUAUAAAGAUUUCAGGGAGGAUGGUGCUCUUGGAAGACUUUCCGAAACAUCUUCAGAAUUAUCAAGCUCCAAAAGUGCUAAAGAAAGAAGAAACCGAAGGAAAAAAAGACGGCAAAGAGAAUUGUCUGUUGGCGAACCUGGAGGGAACAACAAAAUGUUUCCAAAAUCAGAAUCCGAUAGUAGCAUCCGAAGAAAAGGAUUUCGAUUUUCCUUGGAAGGGAAUAGACUCACAUAUGAAAACAGGGUCAUUUCUCCAUACCAGUCAAUGCUGUUUCCCACAAGGCGCAAUAGCAGGGCCAGCUUCUCCAGCUUCAAAGGUCCAACCACCGAAGGAGGCUCCGAUGCUGAUAGUGAGCACAGCACCUUUGAAGAAAACGGAAGCCGGAAUGGUUCCUAUUUUGUUGUACGCAGACAUAGUGACCGUCGCAGCAGCAACAUUAGUCAGACCAUGUUUCCAAUGAAUGGGAAGAUGCAGAGCAGUGUGGACUGCAAUGGGGUGGUUUCCUUGAUAGGAGGACCACCUGUGCUCCUGUCGCCUACAGGACAGCUUCUCCCAGAGGUGAUAAUAGAUAAAGCAACUACCGAUGACAGUGCUACUGCUUCUGAGAUGGAAGGCAAAAAGAGGCGGUCCAGUUCUUUUCAGAUAUCGAUGGAUUUGCUGGAAGACCCCACCGUAAGGCAAAGAGCAAUGAGCAUAGCUAGCAUUAUCACAAACACAAUGGAAGAACUUGAAGAAUCAAGACAGAAAUGUCCACCAUGCUGGUAUAAGUUUGCCCACAGUUACUUGAUUUGGAAUUGCUCUGAUAGGUGGUUACAAAUAAAGAGUAUUAUUCAUUUAAUUGUGAUGGAUCCAUUUGUUGAUCUUGGAAUUACUAUCUGCAUUAUUUUAAAUACACUAUUCAUGAGCAUGGAACAUUAUCCAAUUGACGACUCCUUCAGUAGUGUUCUUAAAAAUGGAAAUAUGGUUUUCACUGGAAUCUUCACUGCAGAGAUGGUCCUCAAAAUAAUUGCCAUGGAUCCUUAUUAUUAUUUUCAAGAAGGCUGGAAUAUUUUUGAUAGCAUCAUUGUAUCCCUGAGUUUAAUGGAGCUGGGUCUUCAAGAUGUGGAUGGAUUGUCAGUCUUAAGAUCUUUCAGACUGCUUCGAGUGUUCAAACUGGCAAAGUCUUGGCCAACUCUAAACAUGCUAAUAAAGAUCAUUGGGAACUCAGUUGGAGCUUUAGGAAACUUGACCUUGGUGCUAGCUAUCAUUGUCUUCAUAUUUGCUGUGGUUGGUAUGCAGCUGUUUGGUAAAAACUAUGACAGUUGUAAAUGCAAAAUUUCAGAAGACUGUAAACUUCCACGCUGGCACAUGAAUGACUUUUUCCACUCAUUCUUGAUCGUGUUCCGAGUUCUUUGCGGAGAAUGGAUAGAAACCAUGUGGGACUGUAUGGAGGUUGCAGGUCAACCCCUUUGCCUGACAGUUUUCAUGAUGGUGAUGGUGAUUGGAAACCUGGUGCUUCUAAACCUCUUCCUGGCAUUAUUAUUGAGUUCUUUCAGUUCAGACAGCCUUGCUGCUCCAGAGCAGGAAACUGAAGCAAAUAAUCUACAGAUUGCUAUAUCAAGAAUUCAGAGGGGAAUAAAUUACAUAAAGAGGAAGAUAUGUGAAUUUGUGCAAAUUGUUUUUUUGCAAAGAUGCAAGGACACUUCUGGAUUAAGUGCAACUGAUCUACAAAACAAUAAGAAAGAUCAGUGCAUUCCCAACCACACCAUAGUGGAGAUCAACCAAACUUUUGGUUAUCAGAAGCCUAGAAUGACUACCACCUGCAUGGACAACGCUGAUCACAUGUCAUUCAUAAACAACCCAAAUUUUACUGUGACUGUACCGAUAGCAGUGGGAGAGUCUGAUUUUGAACAUUUCAACACAGAGGAACUUACCAGCAUAUCCGAACUUGAAGAAACCAAAGAAAAAACAAGUCUAUCCAGCUCCACUGAAGGUAGCACAAUUAUUUUCGCAUCUGUGGCAGACAAAGAAUCUGAUACUGCAGCAAAAGGCCCACCACAACCCAAACCUUGUUUUACUGAUGGCUGCGUACAGAAAUUCAGAUGUUGUCAGAUCAGUAUAGAGUCCGGGAAAGGCAAAUGCUGGUGGAACCUUCGCAAAACUUGCUUUAAGAUAGUGGAACACAAUUGGUUUGAAACCUUCAUUGUCUUCAUGAUUCUUCUAAGCAGUGGUGCUUUGGCGUUCGAAGACAUAUACAUUGAGCAGCGCAAGACUAUCAAGAUCGUACUGGAAUAUGCAGACAAGGUCUUCACUUACAUCUUUAUUUUAGAAAUGCUUCUGAAGUGGGUGGCUUAUGGCUUUCAAGCGUAUUUCACCAAUGCCUGGUGCUGGCUGGAUUUCAUGAUUGUAGAUGUUUCCUUAGUCAGUUUAAUUGCCAACGCCUUGAACUAUUCGGAACUUGGCCCUAUUAAAUCACUUCGCACUCUGAGAGCUUUGAGACCUUUAAGGGCCUUAUCCCGCUUCGAAGGAAUGAGGGUGGUGGUCAAUGCCCUGGUAGGAGCCAUACCCUCGAUCAUGAAUGUGCUUCUUGUUUGUCUUAUAUUCUGGCUAAUUUUCAGCAUCAUGGGUGUAAACCUGUUUGCUGGUACAUUCUUUGAAUGUGUUAAUAAAACAGAUGGAGUAAGGAUUUCACAUUUAAUCGUUCCAUUUAAAAAUGUCUGCGAGACUUUAGACUAUGCCAGAUGGAGAAAUGUUAAAGUCAACUUUGACAAUGUUGGAGCUGGAUAUCUCUCUCUUCUUCAAGUUGCUACCUUUAAAGGAUGGAUGGAAAUAAUGUAUGCUGCUGUUGAUUCAACAGGAAUAGAAAAGCAACCCCAGUAUGAGCAUAACCUGUAUAUGUAUCUUUACUUUGUCGGCUUCAUUAUAUUUGGUUCAUUCUUCACUUUGAAUCUGUUCAUUGGCGUCAUCAUUGAUAAUUUCAACCAACAGAAAAAGAAGUUAGGAGGUCAAGAUAUUUUUAUGACAGAAGAACAGAAAAAAUAUUAUAAUGCCAUGAAAAAAUUGGGAUCAAAAAAACCACAGAAACCUAUACCCAGGCCAUCAAAUAAAAUACAAGGCUUUAUAUUUGAUUUUGUAACCAAACAAGCCUUUGACAUCGGCAUCAUGAUUCUUAUCUGCCUUAACAUGGUUACCAUGAUGGUGGAAACAGCUGACCAGGAUGAUUCUGUAAAAGACAUUUUAUACUGGAUUAAUUUGAUUUUCAUUGUCAUUUUUACUGGGGAGUGUCUCCUGAAAUUGAUCGCUCUCCGUUACUAUUAUUUCACUAUUGGCUGGAAUAUAUUUGAUUUUGUGGUUGUAAUAUUCUCCAUUGUAGGUAUGUGCCUAUCACAGAUCCUUGAGAAAUUCUUUGUAUCCCCCACUUUGUUUCGAGUGGUCCGACUUGCCAGGAUAGGUCGAGUCCUGCGUCUAAUCAAGGGGGCAAAAGGGAUCCGCACUCUGCUUUUUGCCUUGAUGAUGUCUCUCCCUGCCUUGUUCAACAUCGGUCUCCUCCUUUUCCUGGUCAUGUUCAUCUACGCCAUAUUUGGAAUGUCCCAAUUUGCCUAUGUUAAAAAGGAAUCUGGGAUUGACGACAUGUUCAAUUUUGAAACUUUUCCUAACAGUAUGAUCUGCCUUUUCCAAAUUACCACGUCUGGUGGUUGGAAUUAUUUGCUGUUUCCCAUUCUCAACAAGGAGCCAGAUUGUGACCCUAAAAAAGUUCAUCCGGGAAGCUCAGUUGAAGGAGACUGUGGCAAUCCUUCGGUUGGGAUUUUCUUCUUUGUCAGCUACAUUAUCAUCUCGUUUUUAGUUGUAGUCAAUAUGUACAUUGCUGUCAUUUUGGAGAACUUCAGCGUGGCUACCGAAGAAAGUGCUGAACCGCUAGGGGAAGAUGACUUUGAGAUGUUCUACGAGGUCUGGGAAAAAUUUGAUCCAGGUGCAACACAGUUUAUAGAGUUCAGCAAGCUCUUUGAUUUUGCUGCCUCGCUGGAGCCCCCUCUGCUAAUACCAAAACCAAACAAAGUUCAGCUAAUUGCAAUGGACCUGCCCAUUGUGAGUGGCGACAGGAUUCACUGCCUUGAUAUCUUAUUUGCCUUUACAAAGCGUGUUUUGGGUGAAAGCGAUGAAAUGGAUGCCCUCCGUGUGCAAAUGGAAGACCGGUUUAUGGCUGCCAAUCCCUCAAAAGUCUCCUAUGAACCAAUUACAACCACCCUGAAACGGAAACUUGAGGAGCAAUCGGCUAAAGUUAUUCAGAGAGCCUUUAGGCAUCACCGCCUGAGGAAACCAGUGUGCAAUAGGUCAUACUUAUACAGGGAUGAGGAUGUUUUUCCUCCCAAAACAGAAAUGGCUUUUGAUAAAUUAAGUUUGAGCUUAACUCUGGAAAAGAUAGAUAGAAGCUCCUCCACGACGUCACCUCCUUCCUAUGAUAGUGUAACAAAACCAGACAAAUAUGAACAAGAAAAGUCAGAAAAAGAACAAAAAGGUAAAGAUGACAAGGAUUAUAGAAAGUAACCCUGAAGCAGGACUAUCAUUCUACCUACACCAAAUUGUUUACAGCAUCAGAAAGGUAAUACUGAUACUAACAGGAAUCAUGCUGAAAGCUUAUGCCAAACUGAACAUUUCUACUAUAUCAACAUAAUAUAUUCAUGCAUCCAAGGUACUUGUAAUUUUAUCGUUGACUGCAUAGUAUGGUAACAGACUUAUGAGGACAAGAACAAUUCUUCUUACCAGCUUGCACAGAUGAAGAGGACUCACAAAAUUACUAGCGGCUGCAAGAAUGCAUUAGCACUUGUGUGUGUGUGGUGUGUGUGUGUUAACAACAACCAAAAAUUAUUCCCUUGCUGCGGUAAUUGUAUCCAAUGUGUACGUCUCCAUUGCCAUUUACGUCAUGUUUGACCAAAUUGUUAGCGCAGUUGUAUUUCUGUUCACAAAACAUUGUUUGUGAUUAUGUCCAGCAACAGAACUGAUUUUUCACAGAUAUAUAGAUAUAUAUAUACACAUAUAUAUAUUUAACUUUAUUACUUAUAAUAAUGAUAGGAUCAUUGGGCAACUUAACCAUUGUAGGCUUAAAAAUUCUUGUCAGACAUUUGUAGGCUUGUCCAAAGUUUAUCUGCAAGAUCCUUCAGACCUGCAAGUAUCACCCUGAAAAAAAAAAAAUUGUCCAGCUAAGUUCACUAAAAACUCAGCCUACCAGAAAAGAAAUGACGAGAAUCAAAAUAAGAGACUUGGAAGAGAAUUGUAAGCAACUAGAAGUUCAGACCUUGAACUCAUAUGAUUGAGCUAGAAGAGCUAGA